AUGUCGCCCCCCCAAUCUCCCCCGGCCGCGACCGGCAGCGAUGAGAUCAAGUGCAUGUACAUCGAGAAUUGCGACACCGGAUCUCAGCCGCGCAAGGCCAUCUCGCACAUCUUUGGCCGCAACAAGCUCUGCACCCGCAUGAUUCCUGCCCACGUUUGGGUUCACUUCUGCCGCAAGCACUACCAGCGCAGUCGUUACCGCAACGCUCACGAGUACUCGAAGCUCCAGGUCGACCUCGUGCAGAAACAGAUUGCCAGAGUCCAGCAGUGGAGCGACGAGAACGAGCGCGCCGGCAAGGCAGGCGUAGUGAACAGCUGGUCGCUCGCUAUCCGCAAGCGUGAGCAAAAGCGAUUGGAGGACAAGAAGGAGUCGAAGAAGCGCUCCUACCAAGACGAGUCCGAGGACGAGCAGCUCGACGGUGCUAUGCUCAACGGCACUGCUGUCCCCGAGUGGCUCCUCAGCAAGUGCGGUGCUGGAUACACCACGGUUGCCAUCCAAGAGAUUGUUGCGCAGCUCAAGACCGAGAUCGACAACGGUGGUCUAAGCCAGAUCCCCGAUAUCGAGAUCCUUCCCACCAUCAGCAGCGAUGGCCCCGACGAGAAGCCCAAGACCUACCUCAAGCGCAAGACCAGCGGCGGCGCGGCCCACAAGCGCUCGCAAUCAAUGGGUGUUGCCCUGAGACCCGAGGCUCUCCCCAUGACUAGGCGUGUUAGCCAGCCCAACGCAUACUGGGGCCAUGAAGGUUUCGACGCCUCCUCCAUUGAGAAGCGCCAGCGCAUUACUGACAUGGAAGCCGGCUUUUAUGGAGAUCGCAACGCCAUCCCCGGCAUGCCCAGAGUCCCCUCUGGCAUGCGCCGUAUGAACAUUCCGCAUCGCCCCGCCUUUGGCAACAUCCGCGAGAACCACCCCGAAGAGGACUACUAUCGCCAGCCCCAGAUGGGCUCUGGUCCCUUCGUCUUCGGUGCCGGCGGACCUCAGGGCGGCCCCCUCCCCGCGCCCACUCCCCAGCGCCGCGGUAGCAAGUCCAUGGCCUCUCACCUUGAGACCUCAACCACCAUGCCCACCGCCUACCCUGAUCCCCGCCGCGCCUUCCACCAGCGGUCCCAGAGCGAGAUGAGCGGAUUCCACCAAGGCCAGGCUCCCACCUAUCGGCCCAACUCCUCCUCGGGCUUCGGCCCCUACGGAUACGGCCCCAGCCCCGUCGAGCAACCGCAAGAGCAGUACAACAACGCGUACUCUCGUCCUCAUGACAACCCGUUCGCCCAAGCCACCCAGCCGAACUACUAUGAGGAUCCUCAGCGGCAGUACGCUUACGGUGCCUCUCCAUUCCAGCCCAACCCGACGUCUCGCAUGGGGCCCGGUAGCGCCAACAGACACACUCGUCACCAGAGCACCCCGAGCGCGCCCGGUGCCAUGCAUCGCGCUCCUUCGGCGCACGGCUUCGCUGUUGGCCCGAACAUGGCUCCGCGCCACGACCAGCAGCAGGGCUAUGACCGGGCUCCCUCGGAGCACUCGCGCCAUUCCUCGUACGCCACUCCGCCCAUGCAGUCGAUGCAGCCCAUGCAGCCCAUGCCUGAUGGCGCCCGUCAUUGA